CUAAAAUUGGAUCUCCUCCAAAAUACCUCUCUACGUAGCCUCAACUUCAGUCUUCACAUUGGGGCAGCUCUCAGGAUUCUCAGAGCAAUGAGCUGUGCUCAGCUGUGCGCAGCCGUAGCCUUAGGCGAGGGGUGGCGUUCUUACAAUGCAUAUGCUGGGCGAUCAGGGCUUUGAGCCUCCUCCCUGAUCCUAGUGGUCGAUGAUGGAUGCAGUGGACACACUUUGCUUUGUUGAUGACUCGAGUACGGGGGAGAGCUGUCCGCAACUGUGGAAAGGAAUCUAGCAGCUGUGAAGAAACCCUGGCUCUUGCAAUGUGGACAAUAGCUCACCUUUUGUAAACCCCUCCUAUGUAAGAGUACCCCUGUCCUGGUGGUUUGAUCAGAUCAAAGAGGUACCAGUGGCCAUCUGAUAGCCACCUUGGCAAAAGAUGGAGCGGAACUCUGCAACCACGGAAGAGACCGCCAUUUUCACGGCAAUUGAGGAGGAGAUUCCCUGGGAGAAACUAUCAAAAAGGUUGAAGGUUUUCAUCGGUGGACAAAAUGAGUGGAAUGCAAGGAUCAAAGACUACUGCAUACGGAAGCGGUACAGAUGGUCAGAGUGCCACGCAAAGUCCGCCUGCAAGGAGAUGGAAUACUAUGAGGACCUCAUCCGAUACACACGGAAGAGUCUGGCGCUGUUCCCGUACCACCUCGCUGAUGUUAUCUGCCGGAUUCUACGGGUCACGCCAUUUAGAUAUUACUGUGACGUGCUCUUUGAAGUUUUGAGGAGUGAGAAGUCCUACGACAGCAUUCCAAACUUUGCGGCAGCGGAUGCUCUGAGGACCACGGGCAUAGGCCGCAAUGAGUUUAUAGACAUCAUGAACAAGUGCCGGGGCAAGAAGUUGAUGUGGAAGCUGAACAAGGCGAUUGCUAAGGAGUAUCUUCCCGAGCAACCGCGGGACUUUGAGGUGCAGCCAUGGUGGCUCGUCUCGGUGGUCAAUCUGUCCCUGGAAGAGUACAGGAAGCUGACGCCUGAUGAGGUCACUCUGGUGGACCGCAUUGCCAAGGAGCACAACAAUAUGGCGGCAGAAGUUGACCUGGAGCUUGUGCGGUCGUUGACUAGAAGGGGCCUUGUCUACUUUGAUGUGCCAGUCUACAGCGACGACCGAUUCUCAAUCUCCUCUCUUGAAGGCUUCGUCUCGAACCGGGACCAGUCGUACGAGGACCCUAUGGAAGAGCUCCUGUACAAUGUCUUCGUCGCCUCAAGCGAGCGCGCAACCGUAGCUGAGCUCGCCGCCACCCUCCAAUCCAACCCGAAGCGUCUCGAAGCCGCCGUGUCAAUUGCCUGCCGCCUCGGUUUCGCCAAAAAGAUCCUCGACCCUAGUUACCUCUUCGGCAAGGGCGCGAUCGAGCUGACGGAAGAGGAAGGAGAUGGCGCGCUCGAAGAGGACGGAGCCGACGAAGAAGGCGAGGAUUCGGAGGGUUUGGGGACCGAGGCAGAGGCGGCCGCGGCUGCGGCCGCGGAGCCAGGGAAGGCGCCGGUGAAUCGCUUUGCGCUGCUGGUGGACGCGAAUCUGACGUCAUAUCUCAUGAUGGGGUCCCUCUCACCAGGUCUGAAACGCCACGCAGUGACGCUGUUCGAGGCCGGCAAGCUGAACGACGGCAAUGUCGCCGACAUUGUGGACGACCUCGCGUCCGUCGAGGGCACGCGCCUUGAGGGCGAGCUGCAGCGCUUUGCGGACCACGCCUUCAGCCUGCGCGUCGUGCUGCAAACCCUGCGCUCCGGGGGGCUGACCGCGCCGAACGGCUCCGCGACCAACUCGCCGCAAGCGACUGCGUCGAGGAACGGGCUGGGGAUCGGGGACUUGCUGAAUCUGGAGGCGGAGAGGAGAUUGAGCGUUGGCGGCGCAGAAGCUAAUGCGGGGGAAGCGUCGCCGGACUCUUCCCCGGGGGGUACGGUUGAGGGGCAACUAGGGGGGGGUGGCGCGGCUGAGGCGCCGUUAGGGGAGAGUGAAAAGCGAGGAGGUGUGAAACCGUCCGGAGAGUUUGACGGACGUGCAGCGGCAGGGGACGGCGCUACAGAAAGCGGAGGCGCCAAGGGGUUUGGUUCGGAUGACGAAGACUGGAAGGAGUUCCAGGCGGCCGAUGCACGGCCAGCGGCGAACCUUGCAGAGCCAGGCGCGAGUGCGGCAACCGGGACAAUCCCGGAACUGAGUCCCUUACCGGAGGGGGAACCGGACCUCUCGAGCUCUGACCCAAAACUGAGCCUCCGUCAAACAGACGCUUCCAGCUGGUUCGCCGCAGACGGCGUAACCGAGCAACGGCCGUUGACACCGGGCAGCCCGGCAGGCAGAGACGCGAGGGGGUUCCCCCUGGUGGUGUCGCCCGCUCCCGGGGGGGACGACAGCCAGCACAGCACGCCCCGGGCGGGGACCCCCCGGAGCCCCCGGUUGACGAGCAAGCUGAGCAAGCGGCUGCGGUGCUACGUGGACGUGCUGCGGUUGGAGAGUCUGGCCAGCCUGCAGCCGAGCAUCGUGCAGCAGAUCCUAAAACGCGACUACGCAGUGCUCGUCUCCAUGGUCCCCCUGGCCUCCUCCCCCCCCCUCUCCUCGGACGGCUCCGGUCCCGUUCACUUCGGCCCCCCCACCCCCGCUGCGUGUACGCCCUGGAUGAAACUCCUCCUCUACUCCGUCGCCCAGUCUGGCCCUCCGACCCUCGCUCUAGUUCGCGGGCAACGCCUGCGCGUCCUCCCCCCCCAACUGAAUCGCACGCAGCGCGCCGCGAUCUGGGCCUGGGACGGGCUGGGCGUCGGCGGCGUCGGCGGGCGCGGCGGCGAGGGAUCCGUCGUCGAGGGGGGGCUGCUUCUCCACGCGCUUAACACCCUACUAAAGUUCUCGGCGGUGCUCGUUCAGCCGCUCGGCGAGGGGGGUCUCGAAACCGCGGACGUCCCGCUCCCCCUCCCCGAGGAGGCCGUUGGCGACCUGCUGACGUCAGAGGCGGCGCCGGAGGUGACGUCAGCGGCGGACCCGUUUGCGCGGCUGCACAAGGAGCUCGCAUUACGGCGGGUGGUGCACGAUCUGCACCUGGGGACGCUGGGCUACAUCCGGAUGGUGCAAUUCACACCCCCUCCAGCGGGCGCUUCCGCGGCUGGUGUGAAUACGUUCUCAAGUCCGGGUGUGGAGCAGCCCUCAAGUCCGAGUGAGAACGACCCCUCCAGCACCGGUGUGAACAGGCCCUCGGGCCUGGGGGAAGUGAAAGUGCCAGUAGCGCAGUGGGUGCCACAGAGCGUCGAGUUCGGGGUGCCGCUGUUUGACACGUCGCUAUGUAAGAAGGUGUGCGAGGGGGCGGUGCGGAGCCGGCUGUUUGAUCCUGCGGCUCUGGAAAAGCACCGCGCUUCCAUGGGGGCUCUGCGUCAGCAACUGCGAGAGUUCAUCGGGGACUACCGGGCGAACGGCCGACUCGCGAACGAGUUCUUUGCGUCAAAGAAGGACAGGCCAGUAACUAGAGGCGCGGCCGGUUCCUUCUCGACGACGCUGUCGUUUGGCGAGUGGUCGUCCUCCGGGAACCUGCUGGAGCGAACCGGAGGGAUCCCCCUAGAAAGGAGGACGAGCGUCAAGGCGGGGGAGGAUGACAUCAGCGAGUUGGCGCUCCCGGGCGUCAAUCUGUACUUCGACGGGGCGCAGUUGCAGCCGGUAGACUUGGGCUCGUGCCUUCAGGGGCGCCUGCCGGCGGCGCUAGUCGCGGAGUCAACAAACUUCGCGCAGUCCGAGUUUUCGAGACGUGUCUCACUUGCUGCUUGAAGGUGACCUUAUAGGAGGCUUGGCAAGCGGACUAGACUGAGGAUGAAAGGACACGAACAGCAGAAUAGAGAGUCCGAAGGGGCCCGACUUUUUGUUGACUUUGUUCAAGGAGAGCUGACCCCUUGGGUUUUUCCGCAUGGAUGGGCUUUGAGCUGCCAUGGU